AUGCUCCCGGAAUCUACUCAAACCCUGGAGAUGAUGAUGUUUUUGGUCACCCUCGCCGCUCUGGUGUGCACCACCGCUGCGCGACCUUCACUGAACUACCUGGAGAAUCAUUACACAGCCGAGAACGAGCCCGAGGAAGUCCGCUCAGCUGCCAUCAAGAGGCUUCUGGAAGUUUUUGGGAUGGAGGAUCCCCCUGCUAUCCAUGGACACAAACAACCACCUCAGUACAUGCUUGACCUGUACAACACGGUGGCUGAUGUGGACGGUGUGACCAAGGACCCCAACCUUCUUGAGGGGAAUACUGUGCGCAGCUUCUUUGACAAAUGUAAGACCUCAUUUCGCUGUUAUCACCUUUUCUUAUGUGGCCAGUGUCUUCAAGAAACAGCUGCAUGUGUUCAGGUUUCUGAUAGGUUUGUUUCUAUUGCAGUGCGCAGUGAGCAGGUGGAGUUCAGGUUCAAUUUGUCCACUGUUGCCAGAACUGAGAAGAUCCUCACAGCAGAGCUCCAUCUUUUCAAGCUGCGACCUCAGGCAACACUGACUUUCCAGAGGCAUCACUUCUGCCAGGUACAAACCCUCAUCCAAACUUGGAUAACUUGACUAUUGUUCAAUGUGAAUCUAGUGGACAUGACUGUAAUCCUCUUGUGUUUCUUUCAGGUUAGUGUCUAUCAGCUGCUUGACACCAGCAGGAGCAACAACACAAGAGGGAAGAAGUUGCUUUCUUCUCGGCUCAUCCCAGUCCACUCCACUGGUUGGGAAGUGUUCACCAUCACACAAGCAGUGAGUAUCCACUUUACUCUAAGGCCCUCUUGAACUGUUGUUGGGUAUUUUCUGAAUGUAAUUGAACUGGAUGAUCUUUUUUAAUGAAGGUCCGCUCCUGGACAAUGGAUGAAGGCAGCAACAUGGGUCUCCAUGUGGUGGUCCGGACUCUGGGAGGGAGCCAGGUGGACAUGAAACUGAUCCGCUUUGCUUCAGGGCGCAAUCACCACCAGAGCAAACAGCCGAUGUUAGUCCUCUUCACUGACGAUGGACGCCGUUCUACUUCUCUCGAGAGUCUCGGUAAAGGUUUUUUCUACUUUUGUGUCAUGAAAUUAAAACUGAGUAAUGGUUAAAGAAUAUGGUGUUCAGGUUUUAUGAGCAGGGGUGUCAGUAAGAAUAAUGGGGCCUGAGGGUAACCCUGUUCCCCACAACCCCCCACUCUGUUCUCUACUUUGAUUUUUAAUGUAUGAUAAGAAUUUAUGUUCAGCCACCAUAACUGAAAACUUGAAAAACUCGGAACCUGCCAGAAUAAUCUGUUAUGAUAAAAUUUCUAACAAAACGCUCUGUCUUUCUUUACCAGACCCAAACGACACUGCUCCUACUUCCACCCUGCCCCAGGCCCCCAUGUCAGGUCCUCCCUCCCGCAGCGCCCGCUCUUUGGACUACAGCGAAGAGGAAGGCGUGUCUUCACCCUGCCAGCGUUUGCCUCUCUACGUGGACUUUGAGGAGAUUGGCUGGUCUGGUUGGAUCGUAUCCCCCCGCGGUUACAAUGCCUACCACUGCAAAGGCUCCUGCCCCUUCCCUCUGGGUCAGAACAUGAGGCCAACCAACCACGCCACCGUCCAGUCCAUCAUCAACGCUCUGAAGCUGAUGAAAGGCAUCGACACGCCAUGCUGCGUGCCUGACAAGUUGUUCUCCAUCAACCUGCUCUACUUUGACGAUGACGAGAAUGUGGUGCUCAAACAGUAUAAUGAUAUGGUGGCUGGAAGCUGUGGCUGCCACUGA